AUGACCGAUCUAAACUUUCCAGACCCUUGUUUCACGCUACGAACAGCCUCGAACGAUGAUCUAGAUGACAUAACUCGGUUUCACAUUGAGGGCUUUACUGAGGAGCCCCAAGUCCACUAUUGUUAUCCUUUUCGACAAGAGUACCCAGAAGACCAUUGGAAAUGGAUCAGAAAAGAGUAUGAGAGCUAUUUGGAACAACCGCUCAAAUACGUAGUCCAUGUGCUUGAAGGUCAAAACAAAAUUGAUGGCCAUGUUGUCAGCAAGACUGUUGUUGGUCUCGCUGUACGGAACAUUGCCGUAUUGACGAAGGCACAUGAAAAGGGUACACUCUUACUUUUCCAAUGCUUCAACCAUUCAUUUAGCUUAUCUACUAUAGUAGAUCCAGCCGAAAAGCACAGGAAGGACGCAGACAAGUUACACUGUGAAGCAUUUUUCGGAAAGCCAGGACAACGCUUCAAAACCUAUUUUGCGGCGUGGGCCGAGGAACAAGUGAAUCUGUCUUCCCUGGUGGUUCACCCAGAUUUUCGUUUGCGUGGAGGUGGUACUAUGUGA